AUGCGUCCUCUCGCAUCAUCUUGGGCGCCCUGCGGCCUAGUCACGUCCCUCCUUCUUGUCAUUCUCUCUCACGGCGUCGCCCUCGCCUCAACUACCGUCACGCCCGCCGGCCCUAGCACCACCAGCAACGGCCAUGAACACCUCGCCAACAGAAAAGCCACCAGCUCCGACGCCCAAGUGCUGGUUGACAGGGCCCUCAGGGUCCUCGCUGUCGUCAACAAGGACCGCAUCGAGAACCCCGUCUUCAAUGAGAACAGGCGCGAGGACCCGAAUGAGGAGUACAGGCCGGCCCCGCCGCUCGACUACGACGCCGAUCCCGAGUUCAUCGCCGUCGAGUCCCCCAUGUCUCACGUUCGACGCAGCGAAAACGCCACCACCGUCGGCAGCUAUCGCAUCCCCAAGGAGCUCGCUGAGGCGGCAGCGGCCGUCGCCGAGUCCAGGCCGCAGAUCCCCAAGGGCGACCACGAGGAGGUGGCCGCCCGGAUACGCAGCAAGUACACCGCUGGCUUCCUCAACGACACCAACGCCGGCGACGAGCUGCAAGCUCCCGAGGGCCGCCUGUCCGUCUUCGCCGGCGACUCCACCGACGAGAAGCGCGCCUCGGGCUACUGGUUGAUCGAUGACCAGCAGUUCCCCGGCCAGAGCCCCUUCUCGCCGCCGGGAUAUCAGGUCUGGCGCAACGUCAAGGACUUUGGGGCCAAGGGCGACGGCACGACGGAUGAUACGGCGGCCAUCAACAAGGCCAUCUCGGACGGCGCUCGUUGUGGAGAGGAGUGCAAGACGAGUACUAUUGCCCCGGCCGUCGUCUACUUCCCUCCGGGCACCUAUCUCGUCAGUGGAUCCAUCAUCCAAUACUACAACACCCAGUUCCUUGGUGAUCCCAUCAACGUCCCCACCAUCCUGGCCGCGUCCAGCGUCGUCGGCCUCGGCGUCUUCACUUCCAACAAGUACAUCGCGGACAACGUUGGCUGGUAUCUCAACACGGCCAACUUCCUCCGCAGCAUCAAGAACUUCAAGAUUGAUAUCCGUCUCACCGACCCCUGCGCCCACGUAUGCGCCAUUCACUGGCAGGUCGGGCAGGCCUCGUCGCUCGAGAACAUCGAGUUCUACAUGCAGUACAACUCGGACGUGCCGCACAGCACCCAGCAGGGUAUCUACAUGGAGAACGGCUCGGGCGGCUUCCUGGCGGACCUCACCUUCGUCGGCGGCAACGUCGGCGCCUACUUUGGCAACCAGCAGUUUACCACCAGCCACCUCAUGUUCGUCAACUCCAAGACGGCCCUCCAGGUGCACUGGGACUGGGCCUGGACUAUGCAGGACUUCAUCAUCGAGAGCUGCGAGAAUGGCCUCGUCAUCACCGGCGGCGCUGGCGGUGCCCACAGCGCGGGGCAGGGCGUGGGCUCGCUCAUGCUUGCCGACGCCAUCAUUGCCAACACCCCAAACGGCAUCGUCACCUCGUUGCACGCCGAGAACUCGACUUCACUCCUGCUGCAGAACGUCGGCUUCUUCAACGUCAAGACUGAUGUCGCCGACAGUGUCGCCCAGAAGACGCUGCUCCCGGGUGGCGACGAGGUCUACGUCGAUAGCUGGGGGUUCGGCCGCAUCACCAACAAGGCCGGCACCAGCAGCUUCGUCAACGGCGUCGCGAUCCCCGUCAUGAACCGCACCGAGGAGCUGACGGGCGUACAGAACGACAAGAUGAAGGCCAAUCUCUUCACACGCCGCCGGCCCAAGUACUACGACGUGGCCUCGAGAAAGGUCAUGAACGUCCGCGCUCUCGGCGCAAAGGGCGACGGCAAGACGGAUGAUACGGCCGUCCUCAACUCGAUCCUGUCAGGCGCCGCUAACACAUCGUCCAUCGUCUACUUCCCCUUUGGCGUUUAUAUUGUCAAGGACACUCUGCGCGUGCCCAUGGGCUCCCGCAUCAUCGGCCAGGUCUGGUCGCAGAUCAUGGGCACCGGCGCCAACUUUGAAGAUGAGUCCAAGCCGCGCCCCGUCGUUCAGGUCGGCCGGCCUAACGAUCCGCCCGGCAUCAUCGAGAUCCAAGACAUGAUGUUCACCGUCUCUGGUCCGACAGCCGGCGCGGUGCUGAUGGAGUGGAAUGCCCGAGAGUCCAGCAAGGGCUCGGUGGGAAUGUGGGAUUCACACUUCCGCGUGGGAGGCGCCAUCGGAUCCAAUCUGCAACAGGAGACGUGCGCAAAGAAGAGUGACGCCGUCAACCCCGAGUGCAAGGCCGCCUCGAUGCUUCUGCACCUCAAGCCCGAGUCGACAGCGUACCUGGAGAACAUCUGGGCCUGGGUGGCCGACCACGAUCUCGACAAGUCGGACCGCCCCCAGAUCGACGUCUACGUCGGGAGAGGCAUUCUGAUCCAGAGCAAGAAGGCCUGGCUCUGGGGAACCUCGUCGGAGCACUGCGCGCUCUACCAAUAUCAAGUGUCUGACGCCACCAACAUUGUUAUGGGUAUGAUCCAGACCGAGUCGCCCUACUACCAGCCCGUCCCCAGCACCCUCAAGCCCUUCCGCGCGGGCAUCUUCCCCGACGAUCCCACAUUUAGCGAGUGUCUAUACUCGUGGUUCAGUGACCACAGUCAGGCCUGCCUCGAAACCAACGACUGCCAGCGGCGCGGCGUCGAGAUCCAGCAGAGCUCAGACCUGUGGAUCUACAACCUCUGCACAAAGGCUAUCAUCGAGAUGGUGACCCCGACGGGCGGUAUAGCCACCCUCGCCCAGGACAACAUAAACGGCUUCGUGUCGUCCAUCCUCGCCUGGCUCGAGGGCGCCGAGGAGACAUCAGGCCGACGCCAUUUUCCCGGCUUCCCCGUCUACACGCUCCACGGGCUGCGCAACCAGAUCCUGCCGGACCCUUGCAAGACGGCCCUCACGGCUAAGAUUCUCUGCGACUACUGGGUCCAGUCCUUCACCGAGCCGGCGUACCACGGAAGCCUGGGCAACGCCAGCUUAACCGACUCUAUCUGCGACGAGGGCUGCGGCGAGUCGCUUCGUAGCUGGUUCGACAAUGUCAACGCCCACUGCGAGGGUUACACCGUCGCCGGUGACAUUCCCACUCUGUACGGAGGGCGGAUGUGGGCUGGCUACAAUGGGACGUGUCUCACAGAUCCCGACACAGGGAGGUACUGUAACGACAUCGUCGCUGAAUUCACCGCUGUCAGCUGCAUCAACCACAUGCCCGAGGACGAAAUGUGCUCCGACUGCUACAUCAACCGCCUCGCCAUGAUGCAGGCUUCCCCCUACUCGGUGUACGACAAGAAUUACAAGAGCGACCUGGAGCUCGUGUACCAGAGGUGCGGCCGAACGGGCAACACGACCAUCCCACCGCCCAUCAUCUCUGUGCCCGAGCAGUCCACCAUGUGCGUCUCGGACAAGUGGCACACGGUGGGAUCAUCCGCCGACGAGACGUGUGAGGACGUGGCCUUCCUGAACAACGUCUCGACGGUGUCGCUGUACACGACGAACCCGAACAUCUUCGACUGCAGCAGCAUCCCCUCGGGCACUGAGCUCUGCCUGCCCCUGUCCUGCGGCAAGCUCAUCUCCUACACCGACAACGACACCUGCUCAGGGCUCGAGGCCACUCACAACCUGACGUCGGGCGACAUCCGGCGCUUCAACCCCUGGGUGUACUUCGACUGCAGCAACUUGGCUGGCGCCUCCAGAUUCUUCGGCAACAUCCUGUGCGCCGCGCCGCAGAACGGGCUGUAUACGGCGCGGGGGCCCGGCAGCAGCGGCGACAACACCACCCCCGAGACAAGCACCGGCUACACCUUCAACCCCGUCGAGGCCCCUGAGAACUCAACCGUCGCCGAUGGGACCACGACCAAGUGUGGCAAGUGGCAUGUGGUCGACGAGGGCGACUCGUGCGUCACCAUCUGCCUCUCAUCAGAGAUUAACAUUGCGCUGCUCCUCGAGGUGAACCCCUCGCUCGGCACCGAGUACGUCCAGUGCACGCCAAGCCUGGUACAAGGGAACGCGUACUGCACAGGGCCCAACUAUGACUGGGACGUAACAGGCGAGCUGUAG